AAAAUUAAAGAAAAGAAAAGAAAAAAUAAAAAAAAAAAGAAGAGAAAAGAAAAAAUAGAGUCUUUCUAGAGAAGAAUUAAUUUACAUGUCUAAGAUUUCUGAAUAAACAGAAAGAUUUGAAGACAUGCUUGAUUACAUGAGAUAAGUAGUAAAAUUGGACCAAGAGCUAUCUGUAGAAGAAAGAAACUUACUUUCGGUUGCUUAUAAAAAUUCUGUUGGAUCACGCAGAACUGCAUGGAGAGCUCUUUCUUCAAUUGAAUAAAAGGAAGAAGCUAAAGGUUCCAAGAAUUUAAAUCUCUUAAGAGAAUACAAAAAAAAAUUGAAACUGAACUUUCUUAAUUCUGCAAUAACAUUUUAGAAUUACUAGACAAUCAUUUGGUUCCUAAAGCUAAGUCAAAUGAAGGAAAAGUUUUCUUUUUAAAAAUGAAAGGAGAUUAUUACAGAUAUAUUUCAGAAUAUGCAUAAGGAUAAACUCAUUAAUAGGCAUCUAAUGGAGCUUUAGAUGCUUAUUAAAAGGCUUCUGAUAUAGCUAACAAAGAUUUAAACACAACUCAUCCUAUUAGAUUAGGUUUGGCUUUAAAUUUCUCAGUUUUCUACUAUGAAGUCAUGAAUGAUCCUUCUUAAGCAUGUAACCUUGCUAAACAAGCUUUUGAUGAUGCUAUUGCUGAUAUUGAACAUAUUGAAGAAGAUUAAUACAAAGAUGCCACUACUAUUAUGUAAUUAAUUAGAGACAAUUUAACACUCUGGACAUCUGAAUUAUAGAAUGAUGAUGAAGGAUAAGUAGAAAAUAUUUGAAAUAUUUAUAUAAAUCAUUAAAAAUUUAAAAAUCAUUUAUUAAUAGUUAUAUAUAAAGAUUUUUAUUUUAUAUUUUUUAUUUUUAUUUACAUUUACAUUUAAAAUUAUAAUUUGUAUAACAUAAUUUGUAAAUUAUA